AUGGCCGACGGGCGCCCGCCGCUGAAGGACGCGUUGGCCCUCGAGAUCGCCUACAGCACCAUCUCCCCCAAGGUCGAGCAGCCGCAGUACCCGCCGAUGCACAUCAAACUCAAUCUCAUUGACCAGAACCCGUUGACGUCGUCCCUCGGCACCAAUGGCGACGCCACGUCCUGUGAGAGUCCGUACCCCAUGACGCCUGGCGGGUACUCGUCCAGUGGCGGCGGCAGUGGCGACCUGAGCAAGAAGCAGCGCCACAAUCUGCGCGAGCAGCGACGGAUCCUGCGCAUCAGCAACCAGUUCGACAUCCUGCGCAACAAACUCGAGGCCGCAGGCUACUCGUCGUCGAAGAAGGACAAGUACAGCGUGCUCCAAGCCACACUCGAGUACAUCGCGAACCUCGAGCGCAACCAGCUUGGCGGGGUGGCGUCGCAGUCGCAGAUGCAGCACUCGAUGCAGCACGCGUCGCCUCAUUCGGGCGGCGUUCCGCGUCAUCUCGUGUCUCCGUGCAGCGAGUCAGCGGGUCGGCUGUCCAUCACGGCACCGUCGCCCAGCCACGUCGACAGCAAAGGCCAAGUGUUUAUGAUCGAUAGCAUGCCGUCGCCAGUACCAGCGCUGUCCAUACGAGGCAUGCAGCCGCAGACCUCGUACCCUAUGAACAUGGACAACAUGUAUGGCAGUGCUACGAACGGCGCCUCAAGCGCUGGCGCUACUGAGAUCGAAGGCUCGUCGGCUUCGUACCGAGACGUUUUCGCCAGCAGUAGCAUGCCCAGUCUUCUGGCGAAACUCGAUGGCACGAUCGUCGAGGCGAACGCGCUGUUUUUGGAGCUGUGCUGCAAGAACAUUGAUGAGCUUCGGCUGCACAGCCUGUACACAAUGUGUACGGCCAUGGAUGCGCCGAAGAUGUACACCCUUGUGAGCAAGAUUCUCUCGUGUGAGACGGCGUCGGCGCAGAGCAAGAUGAUGUGGCACUUCUCCAGCACUGGCGAUCGAAAGGUGUUUGUGUCCGUGUCCAUGAUCCACGACCGCAUGCACAAUCCUGCUAGUUUGCACUGCAGCCUCCUGCCGCUGUCAUGA